AUCUCCAACUUUGACCUGCAGGAUGACAGUCGUGGCCGGCGACAACAUGGAUGAGACCUCUGCUGUGCCGGGGCAUCCACAGGACACAUACCCCCCUGACCAUGACGAUCACGAGUGCUGCGAAAGGGUGGUCAUCAAUAUAGCGGGACUACGCUUUGAGACCCAGCUGAAAACUCUCGCCCAGUUUCCAGAGACACUGUUAGGCAACCCAAAGAAAAGGAUGCGCUAUUUCGAUCCCUUGAGAAAUGAGUACUUCUUUGAUAGAAAUCGGCCAAGUUUCGAUGCUAUUCUCUACUAUUAUCAGUCUGGAGGAAGACUGAGGAGGCCAGCAAAUGUCCCAUUGGACAUGUUCUCAGAAGAAAUUAAGUUCUAUGAUCUUGGGGUAGAGGCAAUGGAGAAAUUCCGUGAAGAUGAGGGCUUCAUCCGCGAGGAAGAGCGGCCCUUACCGGAUCGCGAGUUUCAACGGCAAAUAUGGCUCCUGUUUGAGCAUCCCGAGAGCUCAGGUCCAGCCAGAGGAAUUGCUAUUGUAUCUGUUAUGGUCAUUUUAAUUUCCAUCGUCAUUUUCUGUUUGGAGACUUUACCUGAACUGAAAGGGGACCCUAAAGGGCGGAUACAGAUUAUAGGCAAUAGCACCUUCUACUUCAAACCAAACAUCUUGACCGACCCCUUCUUCAUUGUUGAAACCCUCUGUAUAAUCUGGUUCUCCUUUGAAUUGAUUGUGCGGUUCUUUGCAUGCCCGAGCAAAGCGGCCUUCUUUAAGAACAUGAUGAACACCAUUGAUAUUGUGGCCAUUUUCCCCUAUUUUAUCACACUGGGCACAGAGUUAGCAGAGGAACAAGAUGGAAAGGAGGGCAAGGGGGAGCAGGCAACAUCACUGGCCAUCCUCAGGGUGAUUCGUCUGGUCAGGGUGUUUAGGAUCUUUAAGCUGUCCAGGCACUCUAAAGGUCUUCAGAUUUUGGGGCAGACCCUCAAAGCCAGUAUGCGUGAGCUUGGAUUGCUUAUUUUCUUCCUGUUCAUCGGUGUCAUAUUAUUCUCGAGUGCCGUGUUUUUUGCAGAAGCCGAUGAAGCAGAGUCCCACUUCAGCAGUAUCCCAGAUGCAUUUUGGUGGGCUGUUGUGUCAAUGACUACUGUAGGCUAUGGGGACAUGGUGCCGGUAACUAUAGGGGGCAAGAUUGUGGGUUCCUUGUGCGCCAUCGCCGGUGUGCUGACCAUUGCCCUACCUGUGCCAGUCAUUGUAUCCAAUUUCAACUAUUUCUACCACAGAGAAACCGAGGGAGAGGAGCAGGCCCAACUCCUUAACGUGAGCAACCCUGACAUCGCCUCUGAUUCCAACUCCAGUCGCCGCAGCUCCUCAACCGUCAGUAAGUCUGAGUACAUGGAGAUAGAUGGAGACAUAAACAACAGCAUCGACAACUUUAGAGAAGCCAACCUCAGAACUGGCAACUGCACUAUCACUAAUCAGAACUGUGUUAACAAAAGUAAGCUGCUAACAGAUGUCUAGAGCUUACUACAGGAGUAGAAAAUUACAUAUGAAUGCUUACUUUACCUCCUUUUCUGAGCCUUUGCAAUGCAAAUAUCUCUACAAUGCAGAAGAAAGAAAAAUAAUUGACCAAAACAUAUACUAUAAUGGCAAAAAAUAAGGCAGAUCAUUCAGUAUAUAGUUAGCAUAACAAAUUUUCAAAAAGGAUGAUUCAUACCAUGAAAAAACGUACAACAACCUCAAGGGCACACCUAGCUAUUUGUCCACAGGCACUGAAGGACUCUGUUGUGAUUAUUAAAUCAUCAUGCAUGGACUGCAGAUUACAUUUCUUCUAGCUGCACAUUGCAUCCAGGAAAGUGCAUAAAAGAUCUGCAUGGUGGUCACCUUGUCCAUAGGUGGUCUCCCUCACAGUAUGAGAUCAACUGACCAGCAAAGCACCUUAUAUGAACAAGAUUUACCUUCUGCUGGGAUGCUAUGGAGGCCAAGUUCAUCGCCUCAUGGACAUCCGCAUUGCUGCUAUUUUCCAGCAGAUGCUGUAAUUUAGAUAUCACCAAGUGAUGAAAUGCCAUGCCCUUUAGAUAUAAGACAGCACAAUGUCAGAAGUGGAGCCUCACAGUUAGCAUGUUUAGAUUAUCCUUGUUUUGAUAUGGGCAUGCGUCGGACAGUACCUCAUUACAAUAGGAUAUCGGUUCCUUUUUUCCCCCCCAUAAGCUCCCCUCUCCAUCUAUCUCCUCACAUUUGGCAUCAUGAAAAGUGCACUAGUGUGUCAUGAUAUGAGAUGCUUAUCAUUUAGGUGUAUUUAAAGACUGAAUGUUUAACCUUACGGGAAACAGAAUCUUAACAAUAUCAUAGCAUGUCAAAAGAACCUGCAUUAUGGCCUAAUCAACUAAGGUACUGUGUAUCCUAGUGUAUUUAAUGCAUGACAUCGGUAUAAUACAGCUUGUUGCAAUUGAGAUACCUCAUAAGGGUGUCCUUGUUACAAUCAGGGAAACUAGGGACUUUGAUUCCUGACAUUUUCUGAAAUGUGACAAAAUAUAUAUGCAAGCCCCAGUGCUGGGAUGCAAACUUUUCAAAGUAGUCAAAGACACAGAAAAGGAACUAUCAAGAUACUAUCAAAUGCAUAUUACUCAUACUAAGCGCACCUGUUUUUAAAAAAAAUUAUAUAACUUAAAUAGUGCUGUG